GCUAUUUUUGGCACAUAACAGAUUUCCACUACGACCCGCUCUACACGUCUCAAGGCGACACUAGAAGACAUUGUCGGAGAGCCGACGAGCGUGGAAGUUCAGGCCAUCACAGAGCCCUCGGCCGCUACGGGGACUAUUCGUGUGACAGCUCGCUCGACCUAAUCGAGUCAGCGGCGAGAUACAUGCGAACUCGACACUCUGAGAACGUCGAGUUUGUACUAUGGACCGGUGACAUCAUCGCAGCCAGGUACAACGCAAAUGAAGACGAUAGGUACCAGGCGAUCAGAAACAUGACAGAUCUUCUCAGUAGAACAUUUAGUUCCCACUUCGUGUUCCCAGUGUUGGGCCAUUUGGACCCAGCGCCAUCCGAGAGCCUCACCAAUCUUUGGAUGCAUUGGCUCCCUUUGGAAGCACUGCAGACUUUUAAAUAUGGUGGCUACUAUACAAUAGAACAGAAACAAAGUAAACUGCGCAUAGUCGCACUGAACACUAACUUAUUCAGCAUGCGGGAAUCGAACUCACCGCAGACGAGGAGCCAGUGGUUAUGGCUGAACACCACCCUGGAUAAAGCUACCGAGAAUAAGGAGAUGGUGUGCAUCGUUGGGCACGCAGCGCCCGGUUCGGAUUCGCGCCACGGUUACGAUUCGGCGUCCAAUGCGAAUUACCUGCGAACGAUCCGAAGACAUGCGCGCAUCAUCGCCGGACAGUUCUUCGGACAUUUGCACGCCGACACAUUCCGCGUCAUUUAUGAUAAGAUCGGGCCGGUAUCAUGGGCGCUCCUGGCUCCAUCAGUGAGUCCACAUCGAGAUCCCUCUGGAUCUUCGAACCCCGGUCUUAGGCUUUACAAGUUUGACACUAAUACUGGAAAGGUGCUAGAUUACACCCAAUAUUACCUGGACCUCGCCACUGCCAACCGCAACGUGGGCGCGGCGGAGUGGACGGCCGAGUACAACCUGACGCAGUACUACGGCCUGCAUGAGGUGUCGCCUAUAUCACUUCACAAUCUCGCAGACAAACUUCGAAUAGGCACGCCGUAUGAAACUACUAUGUUUAAUAAGUACUUACGGGCGUACAACGCGCGCCACGACAGCAGUGACGCGUGCGACGGCGCGUGCGCACACCAACACUUCUGUGCCAUUACCUGUUUGGAGCAUUUAGCCUACAGGCAGUGCGUGGAAGCGGCCGCUAGCGCGCUCGCCGCCGCCGGUAAAUCGUCCCCGCUUGUCGCUCCACUCAUGAAUACGUUAGUCAUCUUAUUUAUCGUUGUUAUGUUCGUUUAA